UCAUGCCCAAGUAGUAAAAUUACUCAAAUCAUGAUUGUUUAAUGGAUUGGACAUUUUUAGUGAGUAGCCACCAUUUAAACAGAGUCCAAUAAACAAAAAAAUUAAUGUUUCUGAACAGGCCCAAUUCCCUGUGGUGAGUUUAGAAUUUGUGUGAAGAGUAUGUAUCUCAUACAUAGAACGUAAGAUCGCAUACCUACACUCUUAUGUUCCAGUCUUAAACCAUAGGAAUAGAACAUUGAGUGUAGGAAUGCAUACAUAGAAAAAAUUUCGUGUAUGUAUGGAUACAUACUUUGUAGGAAUACGUGCAUAUUUUACAUGUAUUAUUAUGAAACUACCGUUGUUUUUAGGUAACGCCAUCGAAUUAUUUCCAGAUUGUUCCAAUUUACCGUUUUAUUUUCUUCAAUCGCGUCGGAUAUAUAUUUCGGUAGCAAUGUAGCAUUAGCUUGGCAUUUUCAUUUGGUCAAGAGUAGAAAGUGGUUCGUUUGCGUUUCGACCUCGUGGAUUUAAAAAUUAAUUGUGAAUUGUGAAUUAGAAACGAAAAUUAAAAUAAGAAAAGAAAUUAACAAGGCGGAAUUAAUAUAUUCAGAACGAAAAAUAAAUUGUGAAUUGUGAACUGGAAAAUCAAAAUUAGAAAAAGGAACUCCCCAAAUAAGAAAUUGUGAACUGGAAAAUCAAAAUUAGAAAAAGGAACUCCCCAAAUAAAUAAGCGGAAUUAAUAUAUUCAUGUUUCAGAAUGGAUACAAACAAUUAUAUAUCAUUGGAACAACCCUCAACUUCUGCGGAGGCCGGGGAAGAACAAAUAAUUUAUACAAUUGUUCAUGAAACAGCAACUAUGUCAGAUGAGUCGCAGUCCCAGUUGGAAAUAAAAGAACUUCUGGGCAGUUGGAAUCUUGGACACCUGUCAGAUUUGUUUAUCUCUGAGCGCAUAACAGUUGAAGUGCUUAAAAUUUUAAAGGAAAAACAUUUUCCUAUGCUUUUCAAAAACAGUUCAGUUGGAGAUCUGGCAAUGUUUGAACACAAGUUAAUGGAGUGGAGAUCCUCUCUAGGUAUCGGAGAGCAGCAAAUUGAUAUGUUUACCUUGCGGGAAAAUUCAUGCAGCUCAUCAUUUUCAUCUUCGCCAACGUCGUCAAUAAGAGAAGAUCCAUCUGCGCCUGCUAUAUCUCUUUCUUUAAUUUUAAAAAACUCACCAAAGGCGAGAGACAUAGAAAAAUUCUAUGAACAAAACUUCAAGCUUCAGGAUAUACAUCGACAGGCGUUGAUCACAUUAAUAUGUGAAUAUUUUAUCGACAACCAUCUUCAUUUGAAUUUAUACACUAGCUACAUGCUAGAGGAACAAAUAUUGCAAAGAUUCAAAGGGGAAAAGCUUGAGUUUUACCGCACUGGUAAAAGAGGUAAAAUAUAUGCCAAGUUUUGCAAUUCGAAGACCUCCUCUAGAUUGGCUGUUAAAAGAUCUAUCUUUCCUAAAGCUGAAAAUGCUGAAGUAACUGAGAAAUCAAAGAAAAAACAUUUGAUGGAAUUCACUCCGGAAGUUGAUGCAGAAGAGUGUAUUAGGAGCAUCAAAUAUGAUAACUUGUCAACUUCAGAGUUCGACAGCUGUUGGCAAGCUUGUAGCCAAUUUAGACUGGAUCAAAUAUAUAAAGAGACAACUUUACACACCAUUUUUGAGGAAUGGCCGGAUUACAAGAAGCCAGGAGGUUAUCGUUUGAUUGACAAGGAUUUUGGGGUUGUUUUUCGAAAUUCCCCAGGAGUUCUUUUGAAGUAUCCAGAGCAGGCUGGCAAUCUGAGAAAGUUUUUACUAGAUGAAGAUCACCUGCGAGACAAAAAUUUACGAAAUAUGGUGAACCAAAUUGACGAAAAUGAUAUUAAAACUGAUAGUGCAGCAGUAAAAUUAUUUUGGUGUCUCCACGGCUAUUUGAUACCAACACAAAAGGGCAGCCGGAAAGAUAACUCUGGAAAAAGUAGUACUGUAAGGUUUACUAUUAAAAGCUCUCAAGAGGCUUUCCUUUUUAUUGGGUCCAGCGUACAAGAACUCGAUGACCAUAUAGCAUUUUUGAAAAGCAAGUCAGAAAAUAUACAACCAUUUAUACUUGCCGUUGGGGAUAAGGAUUUUGAAAACUUUUCGAACUACUACGUUUACCUUGAUGGUAUUAAGUUCGUGUUUUCAAAUUUUUUGAGAGCAAUUGAUAUAUGUUUCAAGUGCUUCAACUUGUUUAAUUUGGAGUAUCCGUUAGCGUGCUCACAAUUAUGGACAUUUAUUGAGCACUACUUCUACGAGCUCAACAUUUCUAAAACAAAAUCCCCUAAAAUGUAUUUACUCAUCGAAGCGUUAAGAAAAAGCGCUCUGACUCAAGAUGAUGAAGUUGCAGAUUCAGAAGCCGGCCUCGGAUAUAUUUAAUUAAGUUUUAUAUACAUAUGUACACAUAUUAAUUUUUGUUAAUUGUUUAAUUAGAAUCAAUUAUAAAUUAUUUUAUUUAAAAUGUUAAAUUUUAAGUGUUAAAUACUUUCUUUCUAUUAUAAAUUAUUUUAAUAUAAAAUAUAUUAUGGGCUUGUAUAAG